AUGGAUGCCUCAGCGUUGCUUUCGGCGACUCUGUCGCCUGCCAACANGACACCCAAGUCAGAACCGCUGCCGAAGCGCAGCUCAACCAGGCCGCAGAGGCCAACUUCNUCUGGAUACCUCACGCAUCUGUCACAAGAACUCGCCAACGAGCAAGCACAACCCCAAGUGCGCAUGGCCGCCGGUCUUGCACUGAAAAACUCCUUCUCCGCCCGUGAAUACACCCGCCUGCGCGAAGUCCAGGACCGAUGGAUCCACCAAGUCGAGCCGGACGUCAAGCAAUCAAUCAAAGCUCUUGCCCUUCAAACACUAAAGUCGAACGACUCCAGAUCAGGACAGUCAGCCGCUCAGUUCAUCGCCUCAAUCGCCGCUAUAGAGAUUCCCCGCGAGCAAUGGCCCGAGCUCAUGCCCACUCUGGUGCAGAACGUUGGCGAGGGUGCCGACCACCAGAAGCAGGCAUCGCUCACCACCAUUGGUUUCAUCUGCGAAGCUGAGGACCAGGACCUUAGAGAUAGUCUCUCUCAGCACUCCAACGCCAUCCUCACCGCCGUCGUCCAGGGCGCAAGAAAGGAGGAGCCCAACGCCGAUGUCAGAAAUGCCGCCAUCACGGCUCUGGGAGACUCGCUCGAAUUUGUCCGCACCAACUUCGAGAACGAGGGUGAGCGUAACUACAUCAUGCAGGUCAUCUGCGAGGCCACCCAGGCCGACGACAACCGCAUUCAGCAAGGCGCAUACGGCUGCUUGAACAGAAUCAUGGGCCUUUACUACGACAAGAUGCGUUUCUACAUGGAGAAGGCCCUCUUCGGUCUGACCAUCCAGGGCAUGAAGAACGACGAGGAGGAUGUUGCCAAGCUUGCCGUCGAGUUCUGGUGCACCGUUUGCGAGGAGGAAAUCUCCAUUGAGGACGACAACUCUCAGGCUACUGCUGAGGGCUCGACAGAGAUGCGCGAGUACUUCAACUUUGCCCGCAUUGCUACCCCUGAGGUGGUGCCCGUUCUGCUCGAGCUGCUUGCCAAGCAGGACGAGGAUGCCGCUGAUGAUGAGUACAACAUCUCUCGCGCUGCUUACCAAUGUCUACAGCUCUGGGCCCAGACAGUCGGUGGAGUCAUCGUCCCCCAAGUCCUCCAAUUCGUCGAGAAGCACCUGCGCUCCGAGGACUGGCACUACAGAGACGCCGCCGUGUCUGCCUUCGGCGCCAUCAUGGAGGGCCCCGAUGAGAAGGUCCUUGACCCUCUGAUCAAGCAGGCUCUUCCUGUCAUGAUUGGCAUGAUGGAAGACCCCGUCAUCCAGGUUAGAGAUUCGGUUGCCUACGCCCUUGGCCGUAUCUGCGAGACGUGCUCCGACUCGAUCGACCCCGCCACACACCUGCAACCCUUGAUCAGCUCCCUCUUCAACGGCCUGUCCAGCCACCCCAAGAUGGCUUCGUCAUGUUGCUGGGCUCUGAUGAACCUUGCCGACCGCUUUGCUGGAGACCCGGGCUGCCAGGAAAACGCUCUGUCUGCUCACUUCCAGAACAGUGUCACCCACCUCCUGCAGGUUACCGAGAGAACCGACGCCGAUCACCAGCUCCGCACUGCUGCUUACGAGGUCCUCAACGCCUUCGUCACCAACUCGGCCAAUGACUCGCUCCCCAUCGUCGGCCACCUUACCAACAUCAUUCUGGAGCGUCUGGAGACCACCAUUCCCAUGAGCCAGCAGGUCGUCAGCGUCGACGACAAGCUCAUGCUUGAAGAGAUGCAGACUAGCUUGACCAGUGUUGUUAUUGCCAUCAUUCAGCGUCUUGAGACCGAGAUCAAGCCCCAGGCCGAUCGUAUCAUGCAGCUCAUGCUCCAACUGCUCAACACGGUUGGUCCCAAGUCUUCAGUCCCCGACACCAUCUUUGCUGCCGUCGGUGCCCUUGCCAGUGCCGUUGAGGAGGACUUUGCCAAGUACAUGGAGGCCUUUGCUCCCUUCCUGUACACUGCUCUCGCCAACCAGGAAGAGCCUGCCAUCUGCGCCAUGGCCAUUGGCCUCGUCAGUGACAUCUCGCGUGCCUUGAAUGAGAAGAUCCAGCCGUACUGCGACGCCCUGAUGAAUAACCUUCUCAACGACCUUCGCAGCUCGACGCUCGGCAAUCAAUUCAAGCCGGCCAUCCUCCAGUGCUUUGGUGACAUUGCCCAGGCAAUCGGCGGUGCCUUCGAGACCUACCUCUCCGUGGUCGCCCAGGUCCUGCAGCAGGCCGCCUCCAUCAACGUGCCCGACACUUCCUUCGAGAUGCUCGAGUAUGCNCAACUGUUGGCUCCUUACGUCGAGUCGGUCUUCGGCCUCCUGCAGACCAUCUUUCAAGAUCCCAACCGCUCUGAGGCCCUGCUUCGCACUAGCAUGGGUGUCAUUGGUGACUUGUCCGAGACCUUCCCCAACGGCGAGUACAGUGCUAUGUUCAGCCAGCAGUGGGUUACAAACAUGGCCCGCGAGGUUCGUGCCAACAAGGAGUACUCUCAGCGUACUCAAGACACCGCUCGCUGGGCACGCGAGCAGAUCAAGCGCCAAUCUGCUGCUGCUGCCAACAUCAACAUGUCUUAG